AUGGACGCCGAACAAGCCCCAACAUACAAUUACUUCAAAAACAAAGAAUUAGCAUUGGUGCUUGCACCUUUUGCUGGUGGCCAGGGCCAUGUCGGUGUUGAAAAUGGACCAAAAUAUAUGUUACAACAUGGUUUGGAAUCUCAACUGCAAGAGCUCGGUUGGAAAACUACUAUUGAACGUCCACUUGACAACGAAUCCAUCGUGAAAAAAAUGCUCCAGGAUACUUCCAAGGAUGCAUAUGGUCAUAUUAAACGUCCUAACCUGGUUGGAGAAGCCACUGAACUUAUUUACAAGACAGUGAAGAAAAGUCUACAAGAGGGAAAGUUCCCAUUGACACUUGGAGGAGAUCACUCUAUCGCCAUUGGUACAGUUUCGGGAGUAUUGGACAAAUUUCCAGACGCUGGACUGCUUUGGAUCGAUGCACACGCAGAUAUUAACACAUUAGAGUCUACAGAAUCAGGAAACCUUCACGGUUGCCCUGUAUCAUUCCUAAUGGGUCUUGACAAGGACAAUGAAUGCCCUGAAGCACUCAAAUGGGUUCCAGGUAACUUAAGACCGGAAAAGAUUGCAUAUAUUGGACUCAGAGAUAUCGAUGCGGGUGAAAAGAAGAUCCUACGUGAACUCGGCAUUAAAGCUUUCUCCAUGUACCACGUUGACCGUUACGGAAUCAAUAACGUUAUUGAAAUGGCUUUGAAAGCUAUUAACCCUGAUGGUAAGGGACCAGUAAUGUGCUCUUACGAUGUCGACGCAGUCGACCCACUGUUCGUUCCAGCUACCGGGACCCCAGUAAGAGGAGGACUAACUCUAAGAGAAGCAUUGUUUCUGUCCGAGAGACUAGCAGAAACAGGAGACCUGGUAGCACUCGACGUAGUCGAGUGCAAUCCUGCCUUGGCAACUCAUGAUCUACAUAUUGUUGAUACAAUCUCAGCCGGCUGUGCCAUCGCCAGAUGUGCGCUGGGUGAAACACUAAUCUAA